GAGUUGUGUGGAUCCAAUGAGAUCACGCCGCGUUCCGGGCCCAAUGUGUUAGAACAAGCCGGUGUCAAGAGGGAUUUACCAGUCAACAAGAGCCAAUAUAAUACUUGAUCUGACUGAAGGUCACAAUGAGGGAAAGGCUGUCUUUAUGGGCUGUUUUUUGCCUAUUAGUAGCAUUCCUGCCUUCUCAAACAGAAUCAGUUGCUGUGAUGUCUGUGGACUUGGGCAGUGAAUGGAUGAAAAUCGCUAUAGUGAAACCUGGUGUGCCAAUGGAGAUUGCAUUAAACAAGGAGUCCCGGCGGAAAACUCCAGUCGCAGUGUGCUUAAAGGAAAACGAGAGGCUUUUUGGAGACAGCGCUUUAGGAGUGGCUGUGAAGAACCCCAAGGUGGUUUACAGAUUCCUCCAGAGCAUUUUGGGAAAGACGGCAGACAAUCCACAGGUGGCACAGUAUCAGAAACACUUCCCUGAACACCAGAUGCAGAGAGAUGAGAAAAGAGGAACAGUGUUUUUCAAAUUCUCAGAAGAGUUGCAGUAUACUCCAGAGGAACUUUUGGGCAUGAUAUUGAACUACUCUCGUGGUCUGGCUCAAGACUUUGCAGAGCAACUCAUAAAAGAUGCUGUGAUCACAGUGCCAGCCUAUUUUAAUCAGGCAGAACGCAGGGCAGUCUUGCAGGCUGCCCAUAUAGCAGGUCUAAAGGUCCUUCAGCUUAUCAAUGAUAAUACUGCUGUGGCUUUGAACUAUGGAGUCUUUAGGAGGAAGGACAUCAACUCUACCGCACAGAACAUCAUGUUUUAUGAUAUGGGAUCUGGCAGCACAACAGCCACGAUUGUCACGUAUCAGACGGUGAAGACCAAGGAAUCUGGCACUCAGCCGCAGCUUCAGAUACGUGGAGUUGGGUUUGAUAGAACACUUGGUGGAUUCGAGAUGGAGCUGAGGCUCAGAGAUCAUCUUGCCAAGCUCUUUAACGAACAGAAGAAAUCCAAGAAAGACGUGAGGGAGAAUCUGCGCGCCAUGGCCAAACUCCUUAAAGAGGCUCAGAGACUCAAGACUGUGCUGAGUGCUAAUGCUGAACAUAUGGCACAGAUUGAGGGUCUGAUGGAUGACAUAGACUUCAAGGCAAAAGUGACUCGCUCGGAGUUUGAGGCCCUCUGCGAGGAUCUGUUUGACAGAGUACCAGGACCUGUAACAGAAGCUUUAGCUGCUGCUGAAAUGAGCAUGGAUGAGAUUGACCAGGUUAUUUUGGUUGGAGGAUCCACCAGGGUGCCCAGAGUGCAGGAUGUGCUUCUUAAAGCUGUGGGAAAAGAGGAACUGAGCAAGAACAUCAAUGCAGAUGAAGCUGCAGCAAUGGGUGCCGUCUAUCAGGCCGCUGCGCUCAGCAAAGCCUUUAAAGUCAAACCUUUCUUGGUCAGGGAUGCAGCUGUGUUUCCCAUACAGGUUGAGUUCAGUCGUGAGACCGAGGAAGAGGAUGGCGUGAAGACCAUGAAACACAACAAGCGCAUCCUGUUUCAGAGAAUGGCCCCGUAUCCCCAGAGAAAAGUUAUCACCUUUAAUCGUUACAUGGAUGACUUUGUCUUCUACAUCAAUUAUGGAGACCUCGGCUUCCUCGGUGAACAGGACCUGAAAGUGUUUGGAUCUCAGAAUCUGACGACGGUGAAACUGUCUGGAGUGGGCAGCAGCUUCAAGAAACAUUCAGAUGCUGAAUCCAAGGGCAUCAAGGCUCAUUUCAAUAUGGAUGAAAGCGGGGUGCUAAUUCUGGACCGGGUGGAGUCAGUAUUUGAGACCAUUGUGGAGGAGAAAGAGGAGGAGUCCACGCUUACCAAGCUUGGAAACACCAUUUCCAGCUUGUUUGGGGGUGGCAGCUCAGAGCCAACUGCAAAUGUGACUGAACCGGUUACGGAUGAAGAAGAAGUGACUCCAGAGGCUGAGAAAGAUCAGGAACGGUCAGAGAAACGGGAAAAGUCUGCCCAGGAGAAACCCGAGACGGAGGAGGGAAAAGAGGGUGAGCCUCAGGCGGAGGAGCAGAAAGACAACAAAGAAGAUAAAGCGGAAACUCAGGGAGAGACAGACGCCGAGAAAGCCGAAAAGCCUGAAGAGAAAUCAGAUGGUGAGAAAGCAGAGGAGAAAGAGGAGGACAAGAAACCCAAACCACAAAAAAAGAGCAAAAUAUCAGAAGACAUCACAGUGGAGCUUGAGGUGAAUGAUGUUCUCGAUCCCAGCACAGAGGACAUAGAGGUGUCCAAAAAGAAGCUGCAGGACCUCACUGACCGCGAUCUGGAGAAGCAGGAGAGAGAAAAGACCCUGAACAGCCUGGAGGCUUUUAUCUUUGAGACGCAGGAUAAGCUGUAUCAGGAUGAGUAUCUGGCUGUCGUGACUGAGGAGGAGAAGGAGCAGAUCACAGGCAAGCUGAGCGAGGCUUCUAACUGGAUGGAUGAGGAGGGGUACGCCGCUGGCACUAAGGAGCUGAAGGAAAAGCUGUCGGAACUGAAAAAGCUUUGUAAAGCCAUGUUCUUCAGAGUGGAGGAGAGGAAGAAAUGGCCCGACAGUCUGGCAGCUCUCGACAGCAUGCUUAACCACUCCACCAUCUUCCUCAAGAGUGUUAGACUGAUUCCUGAGAGUGACCAGAUCUUCACAGAGGUUGAACUGAAGACUCUAGAGAGGGUCAUCAAUGAGACAAUGACUUGGAAGAAUGAGACCGUUGCAGAACAGGACAAAUUGUCCCCAACAGAGAAACCUGUUCUGCUCUCUAAGGACAUUGAAGCUAAGCGUUCCCUCUUGGACAGGGAGGUGAACUACCUGCUGAACAAAGCAAAGUUUGUCAAACCAAAGCCUAAAGAUAAGGCUAAAGACAAGAACACCACCUCCACAGAGAACAGCAAAGCUAACAGCACAGAAGAUGCAGAGAAGGUUAUUCCUCCCAAGAGUGAUGAUGCUGAAGAGGUGAAGCCGGCAGAGGAGCCGCCAACUGCUGAAAAAAAAGACGAAGAACCCAUACUUGAACUAAAUCCAGCAGAAAAUACAGAUACAGAAUCAACAGACAGCAGCAAAUCAGAAAACCAUAAAGGAGAUGAAUUAUAACAUCUGGAAUUCUUAAAGGUUUAUUUGUUAUAUUUAUUGACUCCGUUAAGUGGUU